UACUCUCUCUCUCUCUCCCAUGGACUUCAUCACCACCGUUUUCUUUUCUGUAUAAACACUCUCUCUAUCUCUACAAUUAGAUCAAACAGCAGCAGCAAAAGAAGAAGAAGAAUUGAGGACAUUUGGAAAGUUAAUAAUAACCCCCUUCUUUGCCCAUCUCUCAAUCCCCAAUAAAAAAUCAUUCUUGAAUCUUCUAUCUGCUCUCAGCCUUCUAGCUCAUUGGUUAUUCAACUUCCGAUUAAAAUCUGUCUCUUCUGUUCUGUUUGCUUUUGAGGGUUUUUCAGGGAAUGGGUUUCUUCUGUUAACUGCAUAUGGUGUAGCAGACCAGAAGAACAGAACAGAAUAGAACAGAGCAUGUCUUGUCUCUUUUCCGAUCUAUAUCUUCAGUAGCGAUACCUAGCUAGCCUUGAUUAUUUCGAUUCUUACUCUUUCAUAAGCUUCUAAGAAGAUGGGAUCUGCUAAUGGCGUUUGUCCUGUUGAAGAGUUCAAUUUGGAUUCCAAAUGGGUUAUUGAUCCAAAGCUUCUAUUCGUCGGACCAAAGAUUGGGGAAGGCGCGCACGCCAAAGUUUACGAGGGAAAAUACAAAAACCAAACGGUUGCCAUUAAAAUAGUUUACAGAGGAGACACUCCAGAGGAUAUUAUCAAGAGAGAAUCUCGGUUUGCUAGAGAGGUUGCUAUGUUAACUAAAGUUCAACACAAGAAUCUCGUUAAGUUUAUAGGAGCUUGUAAGGAACCUGUUAUGGUAAUAGUAACCGAACUUCUACUUGGGGGAACUCUUCGCAAGCAUUUAGUGAGCAAGAGGCCUGGGAAAUUGGAUAUAAAUGUUGCCAUUGGUUUUGCUCUUGAUAUCGCUCGGGCUAUGGAAUGCUUGCAUUCUCAUGGGAUAAUUCAUCGCGACUUAAAACCCGAGAACUUGCUAUUGACGGAAGACUGUAAAACGAUUAAGCUUGCUGAUUUUGGUUUAGCGAGAGAGGAGUCGUUGACUGAGAUGAUGACUGCAGAAACCGGGACAUAUCGUUGGAUGGCUCCCGAGCUUUAUAGUACGGUUACAUUAAGACAUGGUGAGAAGAAACAUUACAACCAUAAAGUGGAUGCUUAUAGCUUUGCAAUAGUAUUAUGGGAGCUCAUACACAAUAAAUUACCGUUUGAAGGCAUGUCUAAUCUUCAAGCAGCUUAUGCAGCCGCUUUCAAGAAUGUGAGGCCUAAUGCUGAGGAGCUACCUGAGGAACUGGCUCUAAUUGUGACAUCUUGUUGGAGAGAAGAUCCAAACGGGCGACCAAAUUUCAACAAAAUAAUUCAAAUGCUUUUGUGUUACCUUUCGACAACAUCUCCUCGUCCUCAUCCUCCUCCGCCAGAGCGUCUUUGUAUGAAUUCAUCGUCCGUGUUUCCACCUUAUUCUCCAGGUACCAGUUCAUUGAUGAAUAUCAAAAGAGACUCUGGCGAAGAAGAAGAAGGGGUCAUGGAAAAUGAAGGCAAGGGUAUGUUUUCUUGCUUCAAACAAUGUUAUUGAUAAAAAAAAAAAAAGGAAGAUAAUUAAGGUUUUUCAGAUGUAGGGUUAGUUUUGACUUGCUUGUAAUCAUAAUAAUAAUAAAUAAUAGAUAAUAAUAAUACUAUGUGUAUUAUAUUAUUAUUAUUAUUAUUUGCAUGGAGUCUUAAGGUUGCUGAGAUGUGUUCUUAUUGUAAAAUAAAAACAGACAGACAUGAUUAUAUAUAAGAAGGGCGUCCAAAAGCUUUUAUGGCUCCAUAUAAUUAUUUCCACAACCAUGUAACUAUAUUAUUAUUUGUAAGCAAGUUUCAAUAAUUAU